GUUGGUGGCGACAUUUUCUCUUCGGGGGCGACCAGAGCCGAGAUUGAGGCUGUUGUUUUUUUUUAUAACUCUCACAAAACCGCGUUUUUUUUACGGUUAUGGCUCCUCACAAACAUUCUUCGGUUCGUUGUAGUCCUAAGAAACUUAAGAAUGAGGAAGUACAAGCUGAUCAUGAACUAUUUCUCCAAGCAUUUAAAAAACCAACUCAAAUCUAUAGGUUUCUGAGGACUCGUAAUUUGAUUGCUCCUGUAUUUUUACACAGAUCUCUCACCUACCUCAAGAAGAGAAAUUCUAGAGACAAUAAAAGGAGGAAAAUACAGAGUGUUGAUGAAAUUCUUCAAAGAGUAGAAGAAACACAAUCAAAGACAAAAGAGCAAGACAGGUUGUUUGGAGACCGAUUGGAAUUGAAGUUUGUCGGUUUCUUCCCAAAUCAUGUUUCAUUGAUUUCUAAAGCAAAAAAUGCCACUGUCGAAGUAUCUCUUCUCAAAGUAUGUCAUAAACGUAGGAAGGACAUUUCCCCAAAUCAACAAAUACCAAUUGGUAGAUGCCAUGUGCCAAUUGAUCCUCCAGAGAAUUCCACAGACUUGCAUUCCAUGAUAUCCUUAAGUGGUCAACUGUUUGACCGCAGUAAUGGUCAUACUGUUAACUCGUAUGUGCUUCAUAUCAAAGCCCACUGCCCAGUCUUGAAUGGCGUUUCAGACAAACUAUGCAAUACUGUUACUGAAGAAUCUUCCCAGGAGGAAACGCCACACAAACGAAGACGUACCUCACGCUCGCAAGACUCCAAUGAAUACAUCACUUAUACCUCAGAGCUGGUUGUACUUGACAAGCACGGUCGAUGCCAGCUGACCCCUGGAAAGUAUGAACUUGUCUUCCAGGAAGUCAAGACCAAAGUCAACAGAACCAAAAAUGCAUCAUGGGAGACCAUUCUAGAGGGCAAGAGUGUUCGUCCCCUUGAGUUGUUCAACAAGGGACUAGUCUUGAAAUUCCAUUCCACCUGGCACAAGGAACAGAACGGAAUUGAAAACUUUCCUCCAUCAAAGAUACAAAAUGGCAACCAUCGAAUGGAUACGGAAGAUGAUGAAGAGGAAAUAGCAGAGAUCAAGAAUAAGGAAGCAGUAGUAGAGAAACUAGGCAAAGACCUGAAGAGGGUGUCUGAAAAGAAGAGGCAUCGGGUCUUUUACCAAUUCUUAUACAACAACAAUACAAAGCAGCAGACAGAAGCUAGGGAGGACAUGCACUGCCCAUGGUGUUCCCUCAAUUGCAUGGAACUCUAUGGACUUCUGAAGCAUCUCACUCUUUGCCAUAGUCGUUUCAACUUCACAUAUAUUCCCUGUGAGCCAAACACACGUAUAGAUGUGACAUUAAAUGAGCACUUCGAUGGGUCAUAUGCCGGUAAUCCACAGAAUCUUACCUCACAUACGGGCUACGCCUUCAGUCGCAAUGGACCUUGCCGCAGGACUCCUGUAACUCAAGUACUUGUUAUGCGAUACCAAAGAAAACCACCAAGCCUCAAUGAAUUCUUGGAUGGUGAAGAUAGAGACCUUGUAAGUCAUCGACCACUUGUGUCAGGUCAUAAUAGAGUUUACCACCAUACUCACACCUUACAGCCUCUAACACCACAAGAAAUGGACAUAGACAGUGAGGAUGAAAUUGACCCCUCCUGGCUAAAAGAAAGAACGAGUAUGAUGAUUGAUGAAUUUACUGAUGUUAAUGAAGGUGAAAAAGAACUUAUGAAAUUAUGGAAUGUGCAUGUUCUGAAAAAUAAUUUUAUGGCAGACAGCCUGAUACCAAGGGCGUGCAGGUUGUUUGUCAAAGAGCACGGAGAGGAAUUGAUUGAGCGCGGUCUCAGGAAUAACUUCCUUCUGCACAUGGUGAGCCUAUUUGACUUUAGCCUCAUCCAACCAUCACUCAUCACAAGCAUUAUGGCUGAGCUGAAUAAGGUUGGAAAUGCUGCCAAAGAAUGUACUAAACAUACACAGCAAUUAACUGUUGAACCCGAGACUCCGGGGCCGAGUGAGGCCCCAAUGGAAGUCUCUGCUGUGAACUAAGUUGCUAGUGAAGCACCUGUAUGCAAAUUAUGUUUACAUUAUAAGACGUUGCCUUGGAUAUUGAUCAAAUGGUGCUGAUAACGAUACACUAUAUGCUGCUAAACUAUUUUGUGAGCAUCUGAACUAGAUGCACACGACAACCAUGCUGGUCAGGAAAUUUAUGACCUUAGAGGUCAGAAUGUCUUAAAACUAAUUCCCUGAGACAUUAAGUCUAGCUGGGCUUGACUGUUAUUCAAUAUUUUGCAAGCUAUUUUGCCAAUUUAUAUUCAUUUUUAAGAAUGAAAAUGUUGAUUAGUUGAUUAAUAUUUUUUAUUAUGAUUGUUGAAUAUCAAUACAACAUAUAAAAGAAGACUAAGAGUGUAGCACAGCUAAACAGACUUGCUACAUCUUUACUAUAACUUAACUGCUGUACUACAAUAGGACAAAUCCACGAAGAUAAAAAAAAUAUCUAGGAAAAAUCUCAAUUUAAUUACGACGAAGACGGAUUUGAACUUAUAUAGUAAGACAAUAUUAAUGACAAAGACAAACGAUCAAUGGAAGAAAUUAUUGACAUCUUCUGAUAAGUUAAGGAGAAAGGGCUUAUUUUAAUUUAAGAGGAAGAUUAUUCUGAAGAAUAAAGCCUAGAAAACCAAUUCUAAUUCGACAUGAAAAUGACAUGAAGAUGGGUAAAUUGAAAGGGUUUGUCAAUUCUUGAAUUAUAUUCAUGAUAAGUAAUUUCAAAAUGUAUUAUUAGUUUAAAUGGUAAGUAAUCUAAUCUAUUAUUAAAAUAAGAAAUAAAUUUUGAAAUACCUAAUGUAUAAAGCUUGGAUGCUUCUAAAUUUUAAGAGAUUAAAAUAAUGAUCUCAGAAUUGAGUAAAGCCCUGUUGUCCAGACUAUAACAUUUUCUUUCACAAAAACAUGUGGCAUGCCGAAACAUAGUCAUGAUGACAUCACAUCAUGACCAUAUAUAGGCACAUUAUGACCAUAUAUGGGCACAUCGUGACCAUAUAUAGGCACAUCAU